AUGGCUUCUUCGCACUUUCCUCGGAUUCGUCUUUCCGAACAUAACGAGGUUUCCGAUAGCCUCGAUCGACUGAGUGAGUUGCCCGAUUCCUUAAUCCUUUCGAUUCUUUCGUUGUUGUCGUCGACGAGAGAUGUUGUUAGGACAACCAUUCUCUCCAAACGCUGGAAAGAUCUCUGGACCACCGUCCCCUGCCUUGAGUUCGAAGACGAAAAUCCUGAGUUUAUUUGUAGGGUUCUUGCACAAUGGCGAGGUGCCAAGAUUUGGAUAUUCUACCUUUCUUUGUCUGAUGAGGUGCCUCAUCUGCCUCCUCCUACUAGUAGCGAUGUUGAAUCGUGGCUGCUUUUUGCGGUGGAGAAACAAGUGGAAGCGCACAUGUAUGUGUUCAUAUCCCAUACUGCCCACCUCAGAGUUUGUAUUCAUGCCCCUCCAUUACAACACUACACCUUCAAUAUUGUUCCUUGGAAAUCAAGGGGUCUGUGCAGUUGA